UAUGUGGUGUGAGUUUUGUCUACUUGUGUUGCUCACCGCUAAAAGCCCCAAACCUGAAAUCAAACGUAGAAAUCUCUUCCACUUCCAAACUCUUCUUCCUUCCAACCAAAGAAAGGGGUGAAAAUGGCUGAUUGGGGUCCGGUGGUGAUCGCAGUGGUGCUGUUCGUGCUCUUAAGCCCAGGCCUUCUCUUCCAGAUACCAUCCAGGGGAAGAAUCGCGGAGUUCGGCAACAUGCAAACCAGUGGAGCCUCCAUUUUGGUUCACGCCAUCAUCUACUUCGGCCUCAUCACCAUCUUCCUCAUUGCCAUCGGCGUUCACAUCCAAACCGGCUAGCUCAACGGAUCUAAAUCUCAAUCUCCUUAUCUUUCUCUGCCUUUUACUUUUUUACAUUUCCUUGUAAGUUUCUAGUGUAGUACUUCUGAUCUGUUACUGUACGUGUGUGUGGAUAAGGAUGAUGUUGUUUUUACGAAGAUAUGAAUGAUGAUCCAUUUCGCUUUGUGA